CCCUAAUCCAACCCAACACAUAUUAAACCCUAAAAUAGCUACUUACUAUCUUCUCCUCUGCACCUGAAAGCAAAAGCGCGCGGCCUCUGAAGCACCGAGCGUAUCUCAUUUUUUCAGACUCUCCGGCCGCUGCUUCUGCCACCGAUUUGUGAAGAUGUACACUACAUGGAAGAAGAUCCGUAAGGAUAAGGAUGCUGAACCCACUGAGUUUGAGGAGUCUGUUGCUCAGGCCCUAUUUGAUCUCGAAAAUACCAGUCAGGAUCUGAAGAGUGAGUUGAAGGAUCUCUUCAUCAAUUCAGCAAUCCAGAUGGAUGUUGCUGGGAAUCGCAAGGCUGUUGUUAUUUAUGUUCCCUUCAGAUUGAGGAAAGCUUACCGUAAGAUUCAUCUUCGCCUUGUUAGGGAGUUGGAGAAGAAAUUCAGUGGAAAGGAUGUUGUGCUGGUUUCCACCAGGAGGAUUGUACGUCCCCCAAAGAAGGGUUCUGCUGUGCAGAGACCUCGCAACCGCACCUUGACAUCAGUGCAUGAGGCCAUUCUUGAAGAUGUAGUAUAUCCAGCCGAGAUUGUUGGGAAACGUAUUAGAUACAGAGUCGACGGGACCAAAGUUAUCAAGAUUUUCCUGGAUCCCAAAGAGAAGAACAACACUGAGUUCAAGCUCGACGCAUUUUCUGGAGUUUACAGGAAGCUUACUGGGAAAGAUGUAGUGUUUGAAUAUCCCAUAACAGAGGCCUGAGCUAGAUUUUGUAUUUUCAGAAGUUCUAUAAUUGCAGCAGAUAGGAUACCAUUUGAAAUUUUGAUUAUUGAAUUUGGUUAAAAUGUGUUGCUUCUUGUUCUGUUGGCAUAGAAUGGUAAAACCUUUGUGAAGUUAAUUUUCCAUGCACAUCAAUUGGGAUUGUAGAACAUGGUAAUUUUAUAAAGAUUACGUUUGGCUGCUGGAA